CCUUGCCUAUUGGUGGAUAGAUGUUUUGUCUGUGGUUUGAACAGGGGAUUCCCCUCUUUAAGGUCGAUGAACAGUGAAAGAAUCGGAAAUACGUUUUUGAUUUGAAUGUGCGUAGAUGGGUAUUUAAACUGAAGGCAUAGGUAUUUGUAAAAUAUAACGUGGAGGGGAGCUCGGUAGUGGUUACUGGAAUUUCUCUGUUAUAAAAGUGACCCUUUGUGUGUUUUAAAGUUUUAAGUGCCUACUUACAUGUUUAUUGUGCGAAGCAGCAUGUCGAAGCGGACAGUCCUGAACGAGCAGUACAAGGGGCUGGUGGAGGCCAUGGCCAUCCCGGCGGAGCUGCACGAGCGAGACGGCAAGAGGUUAGCCAGCUUCGGCGCCGUGCUGCCCAUCCACUGCGCCGCGCCUGAACAGGUGGAGCAGCUGGCCAACACGACGCACCACUACUGCGACGUGUUCACGGACGAGCUGCUGGCGCCGCUGGGCGAGCUGGCCUACGUCAGGAUCGACGAGAACACGGCCGAGAAGGUGUUCAUCAACCGCAGCAAGCGCAUCCUGCUGAUCUCGAGCGACGGGCAGAUGGCGCAGUGGCGCUGCGCAGCCACCUUCGAGUCCGCCAACCAGUUCCUGGCGGGGACACCUAUCGUCAACAAGGACGGCGCGCUCGUCUCUGUCGUCACGGCUAAGCGGGGGAACAACUACGCCGUGUCCACGUUUGAGGGCGAAGGCGGGUACUUCGAGACGAGCGAACCAUGGGAGGUCAUCGACGCGCCGGCCUCGGGCCUCAUCUACGGCACGCAGGCCUUCGCAAACCGCGAGGCGCUCCGCCAGCACCUACUAUCUUUACCAGCCGCGCUGGUGGACGCGUCGUCGCCCGCGCGGCCGGCGCUGCUGCGAGGAGCCCACGCGCGCAUCGUGCUCGUGGCGCGCAACGGACGGCAGAUCGCGCACCAUUACUUGCAAGGCGUGCUCACGAACGAUAUUGAUUACUUGUAACUUUGAGACGUUUUUAAGUCUGAUUUACACGUAUUAAGUAUAUAACUAAAUUUUAACUUAAUUUUAAGGCCCAGAACACACGGUGAAACGCAAUUGCAACGAAACUGCAACUUCUAGUUACUUUUGAGUUGCAUCUAAGUUUCUGCCAUAGAAUCCGUUGAGAGACCACACAUGACGCGACCAGUUUGACAAGUUUCAAACCAGAUCAAAUUGCAUCGUAACUUUUUAACUUAAUUCCAAACGUCAAAGCUCUUGUUUACUAUGAAACUGCUUGUCAAAUCGUGUCAAGUGACAUGCCCCGUCCACCAACUUGACAGAAAAAUCAAGUUAAAAUUUAGUUAUCUACUUAAUACGUGUAAAUCAGCCUUUAAAGGUGCAAGUUCGUAGCCGAGUGCACGCAGCAGCAGCAGACGACGACGCCGCGACACGUCACUGUCUAUGCAUUUUUAUGAAAUACUUCCAGGCGACGUGUCGCUUACUACGAAUAGUAUUUCAUAAAAAUACAUAGAAACCACUAGACUAUAACUCCAUGUCGUCCGCUACAAACGUGUACCUUAAGACAGAUACGAAUCUAUUCUCGAGAAUGAUUCAAAGCUGUAUAAAGUCAUAACAUUGUUUGUUCUAAAAACAACUAACAUCUAUAAGUAAGUUCGCUAGUGAUUAAAGGACCAUGUUUAUGGUACUUCACUGACUUAACUGAACUUUAAAAUACUAUAGAAAUAAAACCACUUAACUAACUACAGAUACUAACCUAAAUACGCAACUUUAAAUACGCAAGAACAAGACAAAAAUAUCACCAAUAUUAUUGCUCGCCGUCGUAUCAUACAAUUAUUUAGUUAAUAU